AUUUGUUCGCGACAACAACAACAACAACAUGAAAAAUGCUGUUAACGAAAUUAUUAAAUAAUACAAUUUUGUCUGGAACAUACUGCCGUCAGUAUAUGACGAGGUGUUUUACAAAGAGAUGUUUCUGUGCACCUUCCACAAGUGAAGUGAUAGAUACAAGGAAAAGGAAAAAAAGGAAUGUUGUGACUCUUGACAAAAAUGAAAACGAUGUUGUUCUAGAUUUCUUUAAUAAUUGUGACCAUGUUACUCUGAAUAAACUAAUUGGUUACAAGUCCCACCUGUUUAAACAUUAUGACUACAGCAAGUGUAUUACAUCAUCUAGAGAAGACAGAUUCUGUGAUGUGGAAGACUUUUUGAAUAAAACUGGAAUCACAGAAGACAAAUUAAAAGAAAUGGCAUAUGCAGUCCUAUUAUUUAAGAAUGUGGAGAAUACUUCAACAGGAAUGAAGUUUUUUUAUCCAAAAUUUGAUCGGAAGAAUAUAGAGAAUAUAGACAAGGUGGUUGUGUUGGACGUAUUUCACAGAGAAUUUGCUUGGUGUGUAAGAAAUACAGAUGAUGGCUAUAUAACUGAUAUAGGCUUAAAGAAAAUCAACUUGAAAGGUACCUAUGAUCACCUUGCUCACCACAAUCAGAUUCGAAGGUUUCUGGAGACAAUUCCAGAGUCUGAAGUUUAUCUGCUUCGCACAAGUACUGCACGUGGCAGAACUGUAUCUAAGCAGGGUAGUAGAUACGCUGUCCACCAAGCUGUUGUAGAAGCUUUACUUAUUACACUGCUAAACGAAAGACACCAACCAACUGAUUUGGAAUACGUACAUCCAUCUGACGAGAACGGAACUGAAAGGAGGAAGUUUGAGAAUAGAGUUUAUUUGUUUGAACCUCCAGCUUUGAGAGACUUUUAUAAUGUUACGUUCCAGAAAGAUUUACUGGAAGUAUCAGAUUUAUUUAAAGAUUGGUAUUUCCAUAAACAUUCAAAUAUAAAAGAGUGGGGUUUAGACAAUGAAGAAAGGAAACAGUUGUUUUUUGAUCAAGGUGCAGGACAAGUGUCCAUUUGUGCUUUAAUAACAGAUGUGUUUUGUAGAUCUCUAAAGAAGAAGAACAAACAGUUCCCUCAUGCAUAUACAUGAGGACAAUACAUGAAGGCAUGUACUAUAGGUUGAAUAGAAAAUUGUCUUAAUACUUUUUUUCAUUGAAUAUGAAUUGCAGCAGUGGUUUCCUUAAAACCUUGACAAGUUUGUAUUCCAUAUAGUGAAUCAUUAUAUACAUAUGAUGAAGAUCCAGAAUAAAAGUCCAGCAAAUAUUUGAAUAUUUGGAUAAAGUCCCCUGUUUUUUUUCCCAGGGGGGAUGGGGUCUUACGCCAUUUUUCAACAGUAUUUCAGUUAUGUAAAAAGUGUUCCUGGAUCCUGUAUCAGCAAGAAGCUGCCAACUACCCCACAGGAAUAAGAGUAUUUUAUCUUAAUAGCUUAGGAAAAAGCAUGCAUACCCAUGGGUGUUAUGUGUUCAUUCUGUUAUAUAGGAUUUCAGUCACUUAUAUGGUAAAAAAAAAAAGAGAAAACACUGUUCAGUAAAAAAAAAUUAUGAUGAAAAUUUUAGUAUAUUGUGACAGACAUUUUCUGGGAAAUAAAAUAAAAAAUAUA